UCAUUUCCUGCUGGAAUGUUGUAUGAAAGGACAUUUACAUUUGAGGACGGAGGAGUUGCUACAGUCAGUGGACAUAUUAGGUUUAAAAGUGAUGAUUAGUAUGGCAUUGAGACAAUGUUUUUUAGAAGAGAUCUUUGAAGUCAUUUUUCACAUGGAAAAAAAUUUUCUUAAUUCUACAGUCUUGAGGGCGAUUUGUUUAAGCACAGAUCCAUGUUUCAUGGCGUAAACUUUCCCGCCGACGGACCCAAAGUGGGAAAGAGGACAACCGACUGGGACCCGUCCUUUGAGAAAAUGACCGUCUCUAGCAACAUUUUGAGAGGUGACAUGACUAUGUUCCUACUACUCAAAGGAGGCGGUUAUUACAGGUGCCAGUUUCACACUUCUUACAAGUAAGGAUGUUGUUUCUGCAACACACUUCCAACGGUUGAAUAUCAUUUCUUUGGAGCAUUUGGAUCGAUCUUCUGUGUUUUACGGGAUAAAAGCAACCGAAGGGACUUGAGAGAACGGCUUAACACUAAUUUUUCCCGUCAAUAAAAUGUUUGAGAUCGAAAAAGAUUCUUCUUUGUUUCCUUCCCUGCAUUUCUCAAUAAGAGAUGUUCCGGGCGAUAGAAAAAAUACUCAUUAUUAACAAAAGUGAUUGCUGAACUACACUGUACCCAAAAUAAAAACAAAGUUCAAGAGCAUUAUGUUCAAAAAACAGAUGAAAAACCCAACGCUCAUAGGGAGCAUAUUUUUUAUUUUAAUAAGUUUUUUUUUCUUCUUUCGCACAGAGCAAAGGAGCCGGUCACACUGCCUUCGAACCACGUCGUAGAACAUCGUAUUGUGAGGAACUACCUUGAUGACGAAGACGGCAUGAAGGUUUAGCUGGAAGAAAUUGCUGUGGCUCAUGUUAACCCUUUGUAACUGGGAUGGAAGUACUUUUAUUACCUUAUUACUUCUGACGUUAUUGUAAUACGAAUAAAUUCAG